UAUACUGUCGCAUCGUCUCUCCCGUUUUUAAACACGUGUGGCGACUGGUUUGCUGCAGGUUCUUGUUUGGAGUGCAUGUUUCACAAAUGUAUCUAAAUCCACGUGAAGCCGAAGAGAUUAGCAAACCUCGCGCUUCCGUUCUCGCUAGCUUAGCACAUUGGCUCUUAUGUUCGUGAUAUAUGGAACGUUAGUGUGUAAACUGUAAUAACACUCCUGCUGUUUCUCAUUAUAUCUACUGGCAUACUUAAUAUGGCACUGCCAGGACAAUACUAUUUUAAGUCCUCUGUUGGUCUUGCUUAACUGCCCACCAAGAUGGUGAAAAACUGUUUGGCUGCAUGACAGCACGCGUGAUAUAAUUCAUAAAACAAGCUAAAGAGGUCAUUCAGUAUCCCCCCAGCACCCGGGUCUACAUGUGCAGAAACGGCUGAAAUCAAAUCAGUGUUGAGUUUCCUGUUACUUCUAGCGUGAUGGGAGGGGCGUAAUGUGGCCAAGGGGUUAAUAUUAAUGGCACGGUUGCUGUGAAAUACUGGUAAUUUCGGCCAGAUUGACUGAUCUCUGUAGUACCUACACGGACCGACAAUGCGUCAGGACGUGACUUCUUUAUACAAUAUUCACUGAACUUCUACUUUGCUGAAAAAUAAAACCCCUGGAACAGACAAUUUGUAAAUUAGCUGAAAGAGGGUGACCCUAACCCGCAUCUUUUGAAAAUGGCCAGCCCGGCAUAUGACAUUUCAGCCUGCCAUCCCAAACUUCACAGACAUGGGUCCAUCUAUGAGCCGCUCAAGCUCUCUGUCCUUCACCAUGAGGACGAGCCCUUGUGGGAUAAACUGGACCGAUACUACAGCUCGGUCAAGUCCACCAUCCUGAACUUCCAGAGCCCCACCACCGGGCUGUUUCCUGUGAAGACCUCUUCUGACUGCAGUGAGGCCAAAGUGAGGGACUCUCUGUACUGUGCAGCCAGUGCGUGGGCCCUGGCCUUGGCUUACAGACGCAUCGACGAUGACAUGGGCCGCACCCACGAGCUGGAGCACUCGGCCAUCAAGUGCAUGCGCGGCGUCCUGUACUGCUACAUGCGCCAGUCGGACAAGGUGGAGCUGUUCAAGCAGGACCCCAGCCCGUACAAAUGCCUCCAUUCCGUAUUCAACGUGCACACGGGGGACGAGGUGAUGUCCUACGAUGACUACUGUCAUCUGCAGAUCGAUGCCGUCUCCCUCUUCCUGCUCUACCUGGUGGAGAUGAUCUGCUCCGGGCUCCAGAUCAUUUACAACACUGACGAGGUGUCUUUCAUCCAGAACCUGGUCUUCUGUGUGGAGCGGGCGUACAGGGUGCCUGACUUUGGGAUGUGGGAGAGGGGGAGCAAGUACAACAACGGCAGCACCGAGCUGCACUCCAGCUCUGUUGGCCUCGCCAAGGCUGCACUUGAAGCCAUUAAUGGAUUCAACCUGUUCGGAAAUCAGGGUUGUUCUUGGUCUGUCAUUUUUGUGGACCUGGACGCGCACAACAGAAACAGACAGACGCUGUCUUCCCUGCUCCCCAGAGAAUCACGAUCACAUAACACGGACGCCGCCCUCCUGCCCUGCAUUAGCUACCCGGCGUUCGCCGUGGACGACGACGCCCUCUACAGCCAGACCCUGGACAAGAUCGUGCGCAAGCUGCGGGGGCGGCACGGCUUCAAGCGCUUCCUGCGCGACGGCUACCGCACCGCCAACGAGGACAAGGACCGCCGCUACUACAAGCCCGCCGAAAUGAAGCUCUUCGACGGAAUUGAAUGCGAGUUUCCUAUUUUUUUCAUCUACAUGAUGAUUGAUGGUGUCUUCCGUGGAAAUUCUGCUCAAGUCAAGGAAUAUCAGGAACUGCUGGAGUCAGUCAUCUUCCAGUCGUUGGAUGGCCACGCCGUCAUCCCCAAGUACUACCACGUGCCGGCCGACUUCGUGGAGGCCGAGCAGAAGAAGCACGGCAGCCAGAAGCGUUUCCCCAGCAACUCGGGCCGAGACGGACGGCUCUUCCUCUGGGGCCAGGCCAUGUACAACAUCGCUAAACUGCUGGUCGAUGGCCUGAUCAGCCCCAAGGACCUUGACCCCAUUCGCCGAUACGUGCCCCCCGAAGAGCAGAGGAACGUCAGCAUGAGAUACUCCAAUCAGGGCCCGAUCGAGAACGACGUGGUGGUCCACGUGGCCCUGAUCGCCGAGAGCCAGAGACUGCAGGUCUUCCUCAGCACCUAUGGCAUCCAGACCCAGACCCCUCUGCAGGUGGAGCCCAUCCAGAUAUGGCCCCAGCAGGAGCUGGUGAAGGCGUACCGCUUCCUGGCAGUGAACGGGAAGCUGGGCCUCAGUGGACGGCCGGAGAGACCGGUGGGCUGCAUCGGGACCUGCAAGAUUUACCGGAUCCUGGGGAAGACGGUGGUUUGCUACCCCAUCGUCUUCGACUUGAGCGACUUCUACUUGUCCCAGGACGUGAUGCUGCUGAUCGACGACAUCAAGAAUGCCUUGCAGUUUGUGAAGCAGUGCUGGAAAAUGCCCGGACGGCCGCUCUUCCUGGUCCUCAUUAGAGAAGACAACAUAAAGGGGAGUCGUUUCAACCCAGUCCUGGACAUGCUGGCGUCCUUCAAGAAGGGGAACGUGGGCGGAGUUAAAGUUCACGUGGACAGGCUGCAGACGCUGAUAUCCGGAGCUGUGGUGGAGCAGUUGGACUUCCUGCGCAUUAACGAAGGGGACGAAAUUCCAGAGUUCAGGAGCUUCGAGGAGCUGGAGCUCCCGAAACACUCCAAGGUGAAGCGACAGACGAGCACGCCCAACGCCUCGGACCUGGAGCAGCAGCCCGAGAUCGACGUGGACGAGUGGACGAGAAAGUCCACCCAGGAGAUCAUGCAGAAGUUCAAUGACUGUCAGUGUCUGGCCAGCCAGGCCCAGCUCGUCAGGAUCCUUCUGAAGAAAGAGGGCCCUGAUUUCCUCUCCAGAGACGCAAGCCUCAUGGCGGAACUGGAGAGGAUCUACAGACAGGCGGGAAGCCGCAAGCUCUGGUCCGUGGUCCGCCUGGCAGCCAGCCUGUUAACCAAGGUGGUGGACAGCCUGGCCCCAUCAAUCACCAGCGUUCUGGUGCAUGGCAAGCAGGUGACGCUGGGCAUUUUCGGGCAGGAGGAGGAGGUGAUCUCCAACCCGCUGUCGCCCGGGGUGAUCAAGGGCAUCAUCUACAGCAAGUGUAGCCCCCACGGGGAGAGAGAGGCCGUCCUGCAGCAGGAGCUGGUCAUCCACAUCGGCUGGAUCAUCUCCAACAGUCCCCAGCUCUUCAGCGGCAUGCUCAAAAUCAGGAUUGGGUGGAUCGUCCAGGCCAUGAAGCACGAGCUGGAGAUUCGGGCGGGGGACCUGCCGCCUCAGGACCUGUACCAGCUGUCCCCCAGUGACGUCAAGCAGCUGCUGCUGGACGUGCUGCAGCCGCAGCAGACGGGCAGGUCCUGGCUGAACAGACGGCAAAUUGACGGCUCUCUGAACCGUACCCCCCUGGGAUUCUACGACCGCGUUUGGCAGAUUUUGGAGAGGACACGCAAUGGCAUCAAGGUGGCUGGCGUCCACCUCCCUCAGCAGCCCACACUGUCGGACAUGACCAUGUACGAGAUGAACUUCUCGCUGCUGGUGGAGGACAUGCUGAAGAACAUCGUUCUGCCCGAGUACAGGCAGAUUAUUGUGGAGCUGCUGAUGGUGGUGUCCAUCGUCCUGGAGAGGAACCCGGAGCUGGAGUUCCAGGAGACAGUGGACUUGGACCGGCUGGUGAAGGACGCCUUCAACGACUUCCAGAGCGACAGGAGCAGGCUGGAGGGGGUGGAGAAGCAGGACGAGAUGGAGGCUUUCUACGACACCCCUCCCCUGGGACAGCGAGGGACUUCCAGUUACCUGACCAAGGCCGUGAUGAUUGUGCUGCUGCAAGGAGAUGUGAAGCCAUGCAAGGAUGACCCCUGCUCUGUCAGCUAGACCCCCUCUCCCUGUGACCUCCACCCCCCACAGGAAGGGCCUAUCCCUGCUCCAUCAGCUAAACCACACUGUAACCUUCACCCCCCUCCAACCGCAGACACACAGGACAGGAUGGCCCCUGCAUAAUCAGCUACACCCCACUGUGACCCUCACCCCCCCCACAGGAUGGGAUGACCCCUGCUCCAUUAGCUAGACCCCCCUGUGACCUCCACCCCCCCCCCCCCACAGGUUGGGAUAACCCCUCCUCCAUUAGCUAGACCCCCCUGUGAACUCCCCCCCCCCCCCCCCCCAACCCCUCCUCUUUUAGCUAAACCACCUGUUAACUCCAUCCUCCCACAGGACAGGAUGAUCCCAGUUCCAUCAGCUAAACCACACUCUGACCUCCACCCCUCACCAGGAUGGGGUGAUCUCUGCUUGAUCUGCUAGACCCCCUAUGACCUCCACCCCUCUCACAGGAUAGGGUGAAAUCCUGCUCCAUUAGCUGCACUCCAUUGGUGAACCAACACCCCUAUCUCUGUGACCUCCUUUUCACCACCUUAACUCCAUCUGCAGGAUAAAACUGAUGGUCUGAUUCAACAGCUUAGCUCCAGACUGACUCCACCUUAGUCAGAGUGUGACCUCAUCACUGACACCCUGACCAAAUGUAGAAACAACAUAACCUCCAUGUACACUGUUCCUUAUACUGAGCCAUCCGUAAGGUAUUAAAGGACAGCUGUAUGAAGAAAAGAAGCUCUUUAUCGGUACUUUGGACUAACUAAGUUCCCUUAGCUGUUUGAAGAACAAAAUUUCCAUUGUGUAAUAAUAAUAAUCAUAAUAAUAAUAAUAACUAAUGUAUUCACUUGAUAUAUAUUCUUCAUAAUGACCUGUCACAAUGUUGUUUUAGUUGAUGCACUUCCAUAUAUGUCUGACCUGAAUCUAACUUGAAUGUUCUGUCUAGCAAGCAAAUAUUGCAGUGAAGAGGCCUAUAUUCUGAAGAGUAAACAAUCUGUUACAAUCUGAA